UGGGUCCGCCCGCCACCUGUCCUCUUCCGCCGCUUUUGACACGUCACACGCGGCGCAGGCAGGAAUCCGAACCUCCUCCCAGCUCGUCUGCCCCGUCUCGUCGACGAAGGAAAAGGGAUCAAGGGGGGGCGGAAGCUUCCAGCAGCCUUCGCAGCAAUGGCAGCGGGGUGGUGGUGGUGCGAGGAGGCGGUUGCGCUGCUGCUGCGCCCCGGCCCCGCGGUGGCGGAGAUGGCCGUGGACGUGCUGCUCUGCGCGGUGCCGAUCUGGGCCGCCGUCAUGAUCGGCCUCGCCGUCGGCUGGUCCUGGCGCCCGCGCUGGACGGGGCUGCUCUUCCUCGGCCUCCGCAGCCGCCUCCGCGUCCUCUGGCUCUGGGUGCCGCCGGGCCUCGGGGCCCGGAGGCUCUGGCUCGCCUGCACCGCGCUCUCCGCCUGCUCCGUCGCGCCCAGGCUCCUCUCCUCCGCAUUCCGCCGCCACCGAAGAGGCAAGCACCAGGACAAGGCCUCCCCCGAGGAUCAUGCCGCCGCGGCCCCGGACGACGGAGGUUGCGCCGUUGGCAGCAGGACAAUUUUUGAGGGCGAACAAGAUACUGUCACUGAGAGGGACCUAGAACAUCUCCUGCAACUUUUAGAUAACAAGGAAAGUGGGGAUACGGCUUGGCAGAAUUUGAUGGAGCGCACAACCUCCAACAUGACCUACAAGGCCUGGCGGCGUGAACCUGAGGAGGGACCUAUUAUGUACUGCAGCCGCACUAUUUUUGAGGAUGCUACUCCUGAACUAGUUAGAGAUUUCUUCUGGGAUGGUGAUUUUCGUCUAAAGUGGGAUCCAAUGCUUGGAUACUCCAAAACUUUGGAUGAGUUCCCUCAGAGUGGAGCAACAAUUGUCCACUGGAUAAAAAAGUUCCCAUUCUUUUGCAGUGACCGUGAAUACAUCUUUGGAGGACGCAUAUGGGAAUCGGGGAAGACUUACUAUUGUGUUACAAAGGGUGUCCCAUAUCCAUCAUUGCCCAAGAAAGAAAAACCGAGGCGUGUGGAGCUGUACUUCUCAAGUUGGCGUAUUAAAGCUGUUCAAUCACCAAAACAUGCGGGUCAGCAAUCUGCGUGUGAAGUAACUUUGGUCCACUAUGAAGACAUGGGCAUACCAAAGGAUGUUGCCAGGGUUGCUGUCCGUCACGGCAUGUGGGGUGCUGUGAAGAAACUCCAGUCUGGAUUCAGAGCGUAUCAGCAAAUGAGAGGCACAGAAAACACCCUGUCACACAGAGCCAUCAUGGCUCGAGUGACCACCAAGAUAUCCAUCUCGGAUUCAAAUGGUCCGUUGGAUCAUGACCUCUCCGUCGUAGAUGAAACCAGUGAUGGGGACGACAGGUCCCAGACAGUUCAGCAUGGUUUCGACUGGAAGUGGGUCGUGGUUGGUGGUGCGGUUGCUGCGGUUUGUGUGCUCAACACCGGACUGGUAGGCAAGGUCCUCUUGCUUGGAGCAGCGAGAAGGCAGGCAAAGAAGUAGAAGUGAUGUGAGGAGCAACCUUCCAGACUCUACAGAAGAAGGCAUUCAACAAUCAGGCUGUAGCUGCAACCGUGCAGGCGAACAUGACGAGAAAAUAGGUGGGGUCUGACACAGAUAAUUAAUACAAUGCGGUAAUUUUGGAUCGUGCAUUUACACAGUAGAUAUAAGCAUGCUUGUUACUUUGUUAGCAUAACAGAUUCCGCGGCUCGUUGUAUUUUCUGAACAAGCCAAGUUAGAAGUUUUAGCUGUUAGAGCCAGGGCAGUCAGCAGGCCGGGAGCCCAACUCCGUCUGUCCGUCCCCCACCUGGCCGACCUCUGGCGACAGACAUGGGUUUAUGUUGCCAUUUGCUUGGAUGAAAGAUUAGCAAACUUUUUUUUUAAUUUCAAUCUCGUACGAGUCAAGCUGGUUUGAUAUCCAAUUAUCCACCACUAACUAGGCUGUCUACUUAUCCUUUGCCUACUCGAUCAAGUACUUAAUAAGGAUGCAAGUACAUUGGUCCA